AUGAGUAUAACGCUGUCUUUGUAUGAGAUGUUAGGAAUUCCUAUGAGUGCAACUACAGUAGAGAUCAAGGAAGCUUAUAGGAAGAUGGCAAGAACAUGUCAUCCAGAUGCUGUGGCCUUUCCUAAAAAGGAAACAUCAGCUACUGAGUUUAUGAAGAUUCAUUCAGCUUAUGUCACCUUGUCGGAUCCCAACAAGAGGGCUUAUUAUGAUCGUCAGUAUUUCCGGCAGCCCAGAGUGUCAGUGGCAUCAUCAAAGUGGGAGACUGAUCAAUGCUGGUAG